AUGGCGACCUCCUUCACAUGCCAUCAUCGCCAUCUUGCACCCGGGGGCUAUGACCACUGCAGUUCUGGGCUUGCAAAUAACCAUAAAAACAGCCCCUCUCUGCACAUCGCUUCGACCCUUGCAUCGACUCCACUCCCGGGGUCUGCCCUGUCCUCUUGGGCGGUUACUACUUCCAUAUCAUCCUCCCUCGACACCACCCCUCCGAAAGCGAUUUCUCCGACUGUCAUUACUGCCAAUUUAUCCAACACCUCGCUCUCUAUCGAGGACGAGAUGUCCCCGUCUCAAAGCCUCCGGGCCCCCAAGAGGAAACGGACCGUCUCCCCGCCCCAAUCGCUAUCGGCAAGGACUUUCGACGAGGUGCAACAGCAGCUUCGCUCGACGUCUCGCAGCAGCCGCCGUUCUGUGCCCCAUAGCCGCCACAGCUCCAUUCACUCUCACUAUCGCACGGCAACCAAUGCCUCCCUCACGCCGUCAUCCGCACCAGACUCCCCGAAUCGACGGGAGAACCUGCUGGCACUGCAUCGAGAAUCGUGCCGCCUAUUCCAGGACCACGAAAUAGGCGUGGUCCCACUCCCUGCAAGGCGGCGGUCCUCCUCUCCGCCGAGUAGUCCGCACACGCCUCCCCGGGCUCUGCGCACAUCCUCGAACAUCAGCUCGCCACCCGUGUCGCCAAUCCUCGAGGCCCAACCGGCCGUUUCCAUCGAGUGCCGCCGGGACAGUAGCUCCAAGGAAGCAUUCUACACCACGCGCCAUGUCGCGACGACCCCGUUGACUUUCCACCCGGCCCCCACCGUGAUCGACUGGACGUCUCCGUCCACGCGCAGACGUGAGUACGAAGAGAUCGACCGCGCAACCAGCGGAGUAAGGGGCUUCUGGCGCCGAGUCGCACCGCGGUGGUGCCAGUUUGGUCAUGCGCGGGUUCCUUUUUUCGAGGAAAAGGACGGCAAGGGGAACUACGAGGGAAGCGUCCGCAGGUUUCGGAUGGAUCUCCCUGAGGAGCCCGUUGCAGAUGGAAGUCCGCGCCGGGGGCUGAACCUGAAACAGAAAUUAACGGUCCGUCGAAAAAUGUAUUGA